GAAAGCACGUUGGAGUAAGGCAAAAGGAUAUAUUUUGCUAAUUGGGAGUGUGUUUUUUUCCUCUUUUGGCGUAAUAUAUAAACGUCCUCUUUUAACUUGGUCUCAUCUGACAUAUAUGCUUCCAAUGAAUUGAACAAGUACACUACGUGGCAAUUCACGUCCUAUACUAUGUGUAAUACGCAUAAGAUGUGUGUAUCUACUAGUUUAACUUAAUGUAUAAGUUUGAGUCUGCACACCCGAAGUUGGAGCGUGUAGAUGCCAACUGAUGCUAAGUUAAAUGAUAUAUUUAUGUAUUAUGCCUUUUCGUUUAGAUGAAAGUUUGUUAGUAGAUUGUCUAAUGAUCUUACCGGGGUGCCUGGUUGGCCUAAUGCAGGAAAUAGUAUUUUCUGAUUAAUUGAUGUGGUUGUAACUUUGCGGAGAGUUAACGUCUGCCUUUUUGGAUUAAGAAUAUCCAUCUAUAAUGGUGUAUAUUAGCUUAUAAAUUAAGAUGACUACGAUUUUUCCUGUUUUCUUUCUGCUAAGGUAUAGCUUAUCAAGUAUUGACUCGUGUAAGUAGCAAAAUAUCACUGUUCAAGUUACGAGCGAGGAGAGAUUGAGAGACAUCAAAUUUUGCUUUCUUUUUCAUUUCGUGUAACAAUUUGUGGUUUUACAUUUCUUACCUACACAUUUUGCUGCCAUGGAAAAGUGUCGUUGACUACUGUAUGAUGUAUCACCAAGUUGUGCAUGAAGCCAUUAGGCCGACGACAUGUUUGCUUGGGCGUCACACAUUUACAUCCAUGGACUUGGUGCUCGUGGGGUUCAUUACUUACAUCGACCUGGACCAACUCUUCAGGACGCUGGCUACUUUCUUCUUCCGGAGCUUGGGUCAGACAAUGCUUAUAUUAGCGAAACUGUAUUCACUACCAUUUUUCUAUCUUUCGUCUUGUGGACAUUCCAUCCUUUCAUUUUCAAGACCAAAAAGAUCUAUACGGUUCUGAUGUGGUGCAGGGUCCUGGCAUUCUUAGUUGCUUGUCAAUUUCUUCGGAUGAUAACAUUUUAUUCUACACAGCUUCCUGGUCCAAAUUAUCACUGCCGUGAGGGUUCAAAGCUUGCCACACUUCCUCGGCCUGAUAGCGUUUUAGAAGUUCUACUACUUAAUUUUCCUCGGGGCUUACUUUAUGGUUGUGGUGAUUUGAUAUUUUCAUCGCAUAUGAUAUUCUCCCUAGUCUUUGUGCGGACAUAUCAGAAAUACGGCACACGAAGGUUUAUAAAGCAAUGUGCUUGGAUAGCUGUUAUUGCUCAGAGCUUUUUAAUUGUUGCAUCACGUAAACAUUACACUGUAGACGUUGUUGUGGCAUGGUACACUGUUAAUCUAGUAGUGUUCUUCGUUGACAAAAAAUUAUCAGAGCUGCCUGACCGUAGUAGUGCAGCCUCAUUGCUUCCAGUAAGCAAGGAUAGCAAGACUAAAGAAGAGAAUCACAAACUUUUGAACGGAAACACAGAUCCUGAAGAUUGGAGGCCUAGAACACAAAUCAACGGGAUGAUCAUGGAAGAUGGUAACGCAGUCCACGUUGAAGCAGCAGUGAAUGGUGUAUAUAGACAGUAAAAUACAUAGAGCGCAACUACCUGAACCUGGUUGAGGCACUACUGUUCAAUGUCACUGAAGUCGGCGUUCCACAACUCAUUCGUGGUACUCUUCCAGGUCCCAAUAGUUUUGGUCUGUAGUGUAGGAUACGAAAUCUAGAUGAUCUGCUAUGAAUGCCUCUAAUCGUCCCUAACCUUAACUUUCGUGGCUUCAAUGUAUCAUGGAACUCAAUUUUUCUUCCGAUAAUGCAAUUAUUUUCUAGUUGUGCUCACCAAAAUCUUAGUACAUGUGUUCAUUUCUUUAAAGGCCGAAGAGAAAUGUGAAAUAUGUAAAGAUGUCCGUUGUUAUAAGCAUUCAUGAUGAAUUUACAAGUUUUGCGCUAGUCCUUUGAGACUGAGGCGUAGUUAUUGUUA